AUGGCUCCGAGCAGGACCACGGGCCAGGCCGGCCUCAGGGCCGCCCGCCUGCUGCUGGCGCUCUGUGGGCUCUGGGCGGUGCUGGCCCCGGGCCAGGCCUCCCCCGGCCGCCCCUCGUGGCGCUACGUGUCCUCCGAGGUGGUGAUUCCCAGGAAGGAGCUGGGCCGUGGCAAGGGCGUCCGCGCGCCCGGCUGGCUCUCCUACAGCCUGCGCUUCGGGGGCCACAGGCACGUGAUCCACGUGCGGCGCAAGAGGCUGGUGUGGCCCCGACACCUGCUGCUCAUGACCCAGGACGAUCAGGGCGCCUUGCAGGCGGACUACCCCUUCUUCCCCUUGGACUGCUACUACCUGGGCUACCUGGAGGACGUCCCUCUCUCCAUGGUCACCGUGGACACCUGCUACGGGGGUCUGCAGGGGAUCAUGAAGCUGGAUGACCUUGCCUACGAAGUCAAGCCCCUCCGGGGCUCCCCCACCUUUGAACACGUCGUGUCUCAGCUCGUGGCAGACGCCAACGCCACGGGGCCCACAUACCGGCUGGGGGAGGAGCAGGUUGUGGACCCCCAGCUCGCCCGAGCCAACGUCCUUGUGGGCCCCCGGUUAUCCAAUAAGAUUUUUGCAUCCCAUGUGGCACGUAUAAAAGCCCUGCUCUUCGGCUCCAAGUCAACGCACGACAUGUUUGGCAACGUGUCCAAGACCGCCCAGUUCCUCAUGCAGAUGGCCAGCCUGAUGGACACGCUGCUGCAGGGCCUGGACAUCAGGUACUACAUUGGCAGCCUCAUCGUAUACAACAAGGGGGACCCCACGAGCCUGACGCCUUACCAUUAUCGUAACAGCCCCUUCUCGCUGUACUACCAGCGCUCCCUGUUCAUGGCCCUCUUACCCCACUCCGCGUUCAUGCUGAUCCGGGAGGGGCCCCACGAGCUCGAGUACUUGGUGGAGCCCUACAAGGUGUGCUUUGGGUUCAACAUGCUCAUGCUGGGCCACCUCGGCAGACACGUCCUCCAGCUGUCCAUCUUAGCUACCCAUCAGACCGCCAAGAACAUUGGCGUGUUUGUUGACGGAGAAUACUGCACCUGCCAGCGGCGGACCACCUGCAUCAUGAACCUGUACCCGGUGCUGACGGACGCCUUCAGCAACUGCUCUUUCGUGCACCUCCAGCAUGUAAUGCGGAACCCACUUGUGAUGGCAUGCCUGUAUGACCAAGGCAGGGAAUACUACAACAAGAGCCUGACCCACGAGCGCUGCGGGAACAGUGUUCUGGACGCUUCCGAGCAGUGCGACUGCGGCUCCUUCAAGCAGUGCUACAGCAACUCCUGCUGUAAAACCGACUGCAAGUUCACGCCCCAGAGCGUCUGCGACACCGGGCUCUGCUGCACCAACUGCAAGUUCUCCCCGGCCGGCACGCUCUGCAGACCCGCCGUCAGCAUCUGCGACCUUCCGGAGUACUGCCGGGGCGACACCCGGGCCUGCCCCCGGAACGUCCACAUGCAGGACGGAACCCCGUGCUCCGAGGAGGGCUACUGCUACCGUGGAAACUGCACGGACCGCACCAUGCACUGCAGGGAGAUCUUUGGGGAGCACGCCCACGACGCCCCUGAUGCCUGCUACGCGAUCAACAUCAGGGGCAAGCGCUUUGGACACUGCAGGAGAGAGAGGGGUAAAAAUAGCUACGUGGGUUGUCAUGCCGCGGACGUGAAGUGCGGACGGCUGCAGUGUGCCAACGUGACCCAUCUCCCCCGGCUGCAGGAGCACGUCGGAUUCCACCAGUCUUUGCUGGCAGGGUCCUGGUGCUUUGGGGUGGAUGAGCACCGAGGCACGGAAACCACGGACGUCGGCCACGUGAGAAAUGGCACCCCCUGUGCCCGUGACUUGUUGUGUCUCGAAAACCGAUGCAGCGGGCGCAUCACCGACAUAGGCUACGACUGUCUGCCCACGAAGUGCAGCCUCCGAGGGGUCUGCAACAGCAACAGGAACUGCCACUGCCACGUGGGCUGGGACCCUCCCAGGUGCCUGAAGCGUGGCGCGGGCGGGAGUGUGGACAGCGGCCCCCCGCCCAGAAUGUACCGCUCAGUCAAACAGAGCGAGAUGCCCCUGGUCAUCCUGAGAAUAGUCUUCGCGCGCAUUUACACCCUCAUAGCUGCGCUGCUGUUCGGCGUGGCCACAAACGUGCGGACGAUCGUGACCACCAAAGUCAAAGAAGUCACGGUGGACGAAGAGAAAGCCAAAACGGACGAGGACCAGCCAAACACCCCCCUCACGGCCCGGGCGAAGCCCGAGAAGUAG